AUGGCUACUAAAAGGAAGAAGGCUCAAAAGGCGAAGGACUUCGUCAAGCCAAAGCUUAAGGUGGGAAAAACUGCCGCAAAACCAGAUAAUCAUACUGAUACUUCGUUCACAGCCAAAACCAUUUCCUUGCCCAACCAAUCUAUAGCCAAAAAGCUGAAAAGUGGAGUUUCAGAAGAACAAAAGCAAGAAAUCGACUUGUCACACCAUUUGUCAUUGACUAAACAUCAUGCCUCUGCUACCAGAAAGGAAGUUCUCAUAUAUAUUGAUCAGCAUCUCCCAUCCAAUCCUUCGUUAUACAAGCAGAUCUUCACUCUGAUAAUACCGUUGAUUCUCGAUCAGUCCGCCAGUGUCAGAACAACAUUGGUUGCACUUUUCAACAAGUGUGCCAACAUGCAACCUGGUAUUUUAGAAUUGCAUAUCAGGUCUAUUGCUCUUUUUAUCCAUUCGGCUAUGACCCACUUACAUCCUGAAAUCAGAAAUAGUUCUACAAAGUUUUUGAAUGUGCUAGUAGAACAUGCUCCACAGUCAUUAAGUAAAUCAUUCUUUGUGAAGACUAUGAGAUCAUAUUUCACUUUGAUGUCUUGGACCUUGACAGAUGACAAGAAGUCUGUAUCUUUAGCCAUCACCACUAGUGCAGCCAUCGGCGGAUCUGUGAAAAAGGCUCGUAUUGGCCAUUUGGCUGUACUCAAGGCAUUUUUGCAAGCUUCUUUGUUCCCACAGCUAUCAGACUCUGCAGAGUCUGAAAUUAACCCAGCCAUAGUCGUGUCAGUCCAUCCUCAAUCAUACAAGUAUUUAAUUCCGGCUGCGACUUCUCAAGCAUUUGCUCCAUUGAAGCUCUUUGCCAACGAAUUGCCCAACAAUUCAAAGGACAUUGACGACGGAAAAUUCCAUAUCUCUGACUUGGACACCAUAACAGCAGAAGACUUGGACACAAGAAGAAAAGUAUUCGUCGAUGUCUUCCAAAAGCCUGUAGUAAAGAAUUUGAACAGUUUAGUUAAGGAAGGUGGUGAAGUAGGCAGAGAAGCCAACUCGUGUAUGACAAUAAUCGAUAAUCUCGAGCAGGAAUUGAAGAAGGUAGCAGAAGAUGAGUAAUUAGUAUUUAUAGACAAUCAAUAUCCACGUACCCAUCU